AUGCAUAAAACAGUGGAAGAGAAGCGGUUAUCCUCCCUACGUUUAUCACCACAGCAUGUACUAGACCCCCGGACGACCUGCAAAAAUGAAUCGAUAUUUACAACAGUCACACUAGGCACGCUAAAUGGAGCUGCAAAAAGGACGGGGGACCUACUGGAACAGCUUUACCAAAAGGGAGAAGCGAAGAGAAGUCCCGUUCCCAAGUAUGCCUUUUUUAAAAACACAGAUAGAGGCACAAACGGCUUGUUAGGUUUAGAAAAAAUUUACAGGAUAGCGACAAGAAGGAGGUGGAACACCACCCCCCCUUGGAGUUCACUCCUGCAGGAAGGUCACUUAAAUAAGUAUGUUAGCCAAAUAGAAGAACUUAACGGAUUAUACAGCGAAGAACUAAUGGCCACUAUGUAUGCCAUGAAGGAGAGAGAAGAAAAGAGGUACUUAGAUCGGUUCAGUCCUUCACAGUAUGCCAAUGCAUUUAUUUGUUUAUUUCCCCCACCCAAUUUGUCAGGAGAGUUACACGCUGGACACUACUUCAACUUUGUUCAGCUCCACGUCCUUUUGCUUUUCAGUAGGCACAUCUGGUCCAGGUUCUCCCUGGCGCUGUACGGCGCAGACCACGGAGGACUGAGCGCGCACGCCGCGUUCUCCAGAAUGGCCAACCCAAAGUGGACCAAAGAAAAAUACAUAAGCGAAAUAAAUCAGUGGCAGGAAAAGCUAAAGGAAAAAAUACUCACAUGUAUGCAAAAAAUGAACAUCGUAGUGGACAGGAACCGAUUUUACAACACCAUGGAUGAAAAUAUGAAAAAAUUUGUCGCUUGUAUUUUUCAAACACUGUAUAGGAACGACUUCAUUGUGAAGAAGCUUUACCCUGUGUAUUAUUGCCCCCGAUUGGGAACCAUCGUUUCUAAGUUGGACGUAGAAUUCAGGGAGGCACUCCGGCCACAAUGGAGGGUAACACUACGUCUGGUGGAUAGUGGAGAAGAAUCACACGUAGACACAUCGAGUGACUCCCCCCAUGGGGAUAAUACCUCUCCACGGGAGAAACCAAAACACAGAGUAGUAGGGGAACUGCUCAACUGUAAAUAUCCAAAGAAUUCGCAUCAAACGGAUGAGGUGAAGUUUUUCCCACAAAAAUUUUCCCAUUUUUUUUACUUAAAAAGUACACAUGAUGUGUCACCUCAAGUUACCUCAACCAAUUACAUCAAUGUCGAAGUCUCCAAUUUGGAAGACUUAAAAAGACUGGUUGCUAUUUUGCAUUUUUCUCCAAAGAAGGAGAAGAACUAUGGGGGCAAGUAUGCCUUGUUGCCUCUUCUAAACAAGGGAGUACCUGUGAUAUGUGCCAACGAGAGGAACGUCCGACCCCUCCUGGGAAGUAGGAACAUGCAAGGGGGAAGUGUGCAUGAACUGAGUCAAGGAGCAAGCACUGGAGAUGUAUUCAUCCCGGUUUUUUCUAAGAAGGAGGACUAUAACCACUAUGCGAAUGGGAGAAGUUACAUAGAUCAGCCAGAGCCAUCACAUUGCGCCAAAGGAGAGAAACAUACCUUGCGUAAGGAGACAGAAAACUGGCAAGCGGAGCAGGGACUGGUCCCACUUGUGGAACACCUGCUGGAGAGUGGCCUCGCCAAAGAGGUAACCCCGCGGGAGACGCAACUGAAGUGUGCCUUUUAUAAAAAUAACGAGUGUGUGCUCACUCUGGCGGAACAGUGGUGCCUGCACUAUGACAAGCUGAGCAAAAUAUUUUUUGAUGGCCCACAUGGAGGGGAGAAAAAAAACUACCGAAUAAUUCCUUCCAAAUAUGGGGACUACUUCACAGGAGCGUUUCCCCCCCCCAGUGAGUGGACGUUAAGCAGGCAGGUCCCCUACGGGCACCCAGUGCCGCUAUUUAAGUAUGCGCCUCCCGAGGGGGGGGCACAGAAAGAGGCCCCCUUGGUAGGAGGGGGAGACCCCCUUUUGGGACACUCCUGCUACGUGUACGGCAACGACGUGGACGAAGCGUACCACCGUUUAUCCAAGUCGGAGCUAUUCCAACGUAGCCAAGUCAGGAGGGAGCUUCUAAAACGGGAGGACGACGUGCUGGAUAACUGGGGUAUACUAAAAAUUAUUUAUCCCUUCGUUCCACAUAUAGCAGAAAUGAUUUUCAUUAGGCUUUUUCCAAAGGAGCAUAUCAACAGGGUUGGAAAAAGCCAAGCACUACUCCAUGUGUGCACUCCGCUGUCCAGCAACUACGAUUUGAUGAAGAAUGAGAUGCUUCCACAACUUGGGGAGAAGUCCUCCCUUGACAAGGCAUUCGAUACGUUCAUGCAGAUCUAUUCCCUCCUGGCGAAGUACAAAAAGGGGAACUACUCCCACCAGGGAUGCACCUUCCAUGUGUACCUCAAGCAGAAUGGCGAAGAUGAAGAUGGUGUACCAAUCGAGUACUUCAAAAAUGAGGAAGCCUUUUUGGAGAAAUCGCUCGGCGUGAAUGUUCGAUUUUUACUUGGUCGUGAACCUGGGUUGGAGGGACACUCCCCUGCUCAUCCGCGUACCACAUGGCAAAGACAAAUAUUGCAUGACGGCCCAUCCUUCACCAUUAAGGUUGGGGAGGUACCGCCCUAG